AUCAAUCAAUAACCAAUAAUGGCACGGGAAGGAGUCCCACGUCGCUCAGUUUCGGCAUCUCCCCUCAAGAGCAUAAGCAUAUAUAAACUGCACUACAGCCAUUUUGUAGUUCGAUGGACCAAAUGGAUGAUGACUCAUGGCAAAAAUGGGUUUCGAUUUUGGAGGAAAAUGAUUGGCAUACUUUACGUGAUUUUGACCUGAACUCUGCUGGAGAAGAAUUUAAGGGGGACAGUUCAGUGGUGCCUGCAGAAUAUUCAUUGAAAGAAAGCAGCACUACCCUUCUAAGCAAUUUUCCAUCUUUGGAAGAGAACACUGGCUUUGACAUGACUAGUUUCACACAACAACAUGUUUCUCCACGACCAAAGUCUUGUGUUCUGUCGUUUGAGAAUUUCACUUCAGUGCCAAUUUUUGAUAAGAAAACAUGCCAACAUCUUGGUGAACACUCAAAUCAGACUCAAGAAAAAACCAGAAAACCCCUCAAGAGGGAAAGAAACUCUUCUCAGACACUUGAUCACAUAAUGGCCGAGAGGAAAAGGAGAGAGAAUCUCACCAAAAUGUUCAUUGCCCUUUCUGCUCUUAUUCCUGGCUUGAAAAAGGUGGACAAGGUUUCUGUUCUGAACAAGGCCAUAGAAUACGUGAAGUGUCUUGAACAGCGUGUGAAAGAUUUGGAGAAAGAGAAUAAGAAAAGGAAGAUAGAAUCAGAAGGGUGCUUGAAAGUGAGCAAAAGCAACAUGGUUGGAUACGACUUUUCGUGGAUCUCUCAUGCUUGUAAUGAUGGUGACAAAGCUAGCAAGAAAUGUUCGAAGGUUGAAGCAAGAGUUGCAGGAAAAGAUGUACUUAUCAGAGUAACGUGUGAGAUGCAAAGGAACAUUGUGCAGAACGUAAUGGCCAAGCUUGAAGCUCAUAAUCUCUCUGUUGUUAGCAGCAAUGUUUUGCCUUUUGGGAAUUCUGCUAUCACCAUUACCAGCAUUGCUGAGAUGAACCCUAAAUUCACCACGACAGUUGACAACUUUGUGAAAACAUUGACUGAGGAUUUGUCCAAGUGCUGUAACCUGUAAUAUUAAUAAAGAGCCACACAAGAAAUAUUAAUUAAUGCAUUAUCUGCUGCUUCAGCACGUUUCUGUUGAAUGUAUCUUUUCCAUUUUUGUCAAUCAUUGAAGCUCCUAAAGAAAGAAAUAAUGCUGCUGUGCAUGAUAGUUAUGGUUUUUGCAAUCUUCACGAACAUUU